AUGAGUAUGACCCAGUUCGCUAUGGUUGAGGAAUUGGCUUCUCUUGUUAAAGACAAUCUUUCUUGCAAGCAUCUUAUUCUCUCAGUGGAAGAGGCCUUGGUGGACUUCCUUCAGAGUGAUACCAGUUCCAGUGGGGUCUUGGAGUUGGAACCCAUGAACUCAUACAACCGUCUUCUCUUGCAUCGUCUUGCAGACAUUUUUGGCUUUUCCCAUGAAUCCGUUGGUGAAGGAGAUGACCGGCACUUAAUUUUGGAGCGAUGCCCGGAGACAUCAAUACCUUCCAUCCUUGUUGGUGAUAUCUUGUGGCAGUAUGAUGAGCCUGAUUCUCCAACUACUUCACACCUAUUAUUAAAGAGGACAGAAGCUCCCCCAGUGGUAAGGCAAAAACCUCCUUUGUUUCAACACUCACUUGAGGAGAGAGAAGCUGCUUAUUUGGCUGCUCGUGAGCGAAUAUUUUCAAGGGACUUGGGAGAGGUAAAGGAAUCUGUCAAGCAGAAGCCACGUAGUGUCCCUGUUGUUGCCCGCCGGAUGAUAGCACAUGCCCUAGGCCAAAGAAUCAAUCCAUCCAGUCAAGAUUCCCUUCAUGAAGAUUGCAAAGUUUUGGGAGGGCACACUAGUGAAUUGAAUGUGCAAGACAAGGUUGAAGAUGAGCCCAGUUUGACCGUGGAAGCUUUUAAGAAGGAAGGAAAUAUGAACUCGUGCGGUGAAGUGAAAAAGAACAGCCGUAGUAACAAUGCACCACCUUUAACUCUAAGUGAAAGGAAGACUCCCAAAAAACAAGGCGACAAGAUUUUGGGUGGUGGCAACAGUAUAUCUCAGAAUGGAAGAAGUGGACAUGGUGUCGACGAGGAAUACUUCAAAAGGGAACAUUUGGGAGCAGCAAAGAGGAUGUUUGCUCAUGCCUUGGGAAUGCGCUCAGGGAGGAAUGAUGUUCUUUCAAAAUGUAGCGAGAGAAAGCAUGUUGACACGGAGUAA